CUGGGCCGGGCUCCGAUGCCAUGUGACCCUGCGGCCCAGCCGGGACGCGACGGGACGCGGUGGGACGGGCGCCGGGGGUCGCGGGCGCGGCCCGGGCGGGGGCGGCAUGGAGCGGAGGUGGGUCUUCGUGCUGCUCGACGUGCUGUGCGUGCUGGUCGCCGCUCUGCCCUGCGCCAUCCUGACGUUCGUCAACACUCCAUACAAGCGAGGUUUCUACUGUGGAGAUGACUCCAUCCGAUACCCCUACCGUCCAGACACCAUCACCCAUGGGCUCAUGGCCGGGGUCAUCAUCACAGCCACUGUCAUCCUUGUGUCGGCCGGGGAAGCCUACUUGGUGUACACGGACCGCCUCUACUCCCGCUCUGAUUUCAACAACUACCUGGCUGCCCUCUACAAGGUGGUGGGGACGUUCCUGUUUGGGGCGGCAGUGAGCCAGUCCCUGACAGACCUGGCCAAGUACAUGAUCGGCCGCCUGCGGCCCAACUUCCUGGCCGUGUGUGACCCUGACUGGAGCCGCGUCAACUGCUCGGCGUACGUGCAGGUGGAGGUGUGCAGGGGGAGCCCUGCUAACGUCACGGAGUCCAGGUUGUCCUUCUACUCCGGACACUCCUCCUUUGGCAUGUACUGCAUGGUAUUCUUGGCGCUCUACGUGCAGGCCCGGCUCUGCUGGAAGUGGGCACGGCUGCUGCGGCCCACCGUUCAGUUCUUCCUGGUAGCCUUCGCCCUGUACGUGGGCUACACCCGCGUGUCUGACCACAAACACCACUGGAGUGACGUUCUCGUCGCCCUCCUGCAGGGGGCGCUGGUGGCCAGCCUCACUGUCCGGUAUGUCUCCGACUUCUUCAAAGCUCGGCCCCCGCAGCACUGCCCGGAGGAGGAAGAGCUGGAACGGAAGCCCAGCCUGUCGCUGACGCUGGCCCUGGCCGAGACUGACCACAACCACUACGGGUACCCUGUGUCCUCCUCCUGAGGCAGGAGCUGCUUCCAGCUGGGGCUCCGGUGGGGGCAGCGUGUCCAUGGUCUCGGCAGGCCCCUCACCUAGCACCAUGGUGAGGGCUCUGCACAGGCCCCAGGCUGGAUCCUGGCAGGGGCUCCACUAACCCCCCUUCUGUGCACUGGACCAGGGGUCUGAGGGUGCCUGGGGCAGCCCCAGCAUUUGGAGGGGAACCCUUCCUCAGAGCCCCCAUCUUUUGUUGGCUUAGGGAAGGGACUGAGAGAUCCUGAUGGAUGCUGUUUUUGUAAAAUGUAAUGUAUACUUGGAUUUUUAGUAAAAUAGGGCAUUUGCUUGA